AAGUGGUGAUGUUUACUAUUUUCAAAUUAUUGCAAAUUUGUUUGCAUUUCGUUUGGUCUUAGUUUUAGUUUAUAAGUGAAUUGGGUGAUAUUAUAAAUGAAAAUACAAUGAAUUUAUUUGAGUUAAAGGAGCCAAUAGCGUAUUUAGCUGUUGUAACAACUAUUUUGCAAUUUUUAUCGGGCAUCUUAGUCUGCAAGCAGUAUGUUGCUAAUAGAACUACUGCAGAGGCCUCUUCGUUUCCUUUUAUUGCCGGCGUUUUAUCGUGUGGCAUUUGGUUCUUAUAUGGAUUGACAAAACGCAACGAUAAAAUAGUUAUGGUUAACACAGUUGGUCUCAUGUUAAUGAUCUCAUACACAACUGUAUUUUAUAUUUACACAUUUAAAAAAUCUGCAGUAUUGAGACAAUGUACUUUUACCUUUAUUUUCUUCCUUAUGUUAUUAGGAUAUAUUUAUGUUGAAGAAGAUAACGAGAAUCUUGUUAUCAGACUUGGUUCACUUGCCUGCUCCUUUACUCUUAUAACAGUGGCUGCACCCAUGAGCAAACUGUGGUAUGUGAUUAGAGUAAAAAGUACAGAAUGUUUGCCAUUCCCAAUGAUACUCAUGUCCCUAUUUGUAUCAGUGUUUUGGUACAUGUAUGGUUAUAUAGACCAGGAUCUAUUCAUAGCGGUGCCAAAUUUUAUUGGUAUGAUUCUAGCAUUGGCCCAGCUAGCUCUAUUUAUAAUAUUUCCCAGCACAUCUCAUUCCUCCAUACAAUAUAAAAGUACUAUCACUUAAUUUUUUAACAUAGCACAACAUAAAUUGAGAUUUUGUUAAAACACAACAGAAGUUAGGUAAGUUCACCUUCAAUUUUUGAGAGCACAAAUUGAUGUUCAUGAAAACAGAGCUUAUUUUGUUAGCUUAUUUACAUGACAUGUUACAUUUCAUAUUUUACUUCUAUACUUAUACUGAAUUUUAUAAUCCUCAAAAUGAUUGAUUCAUCUGGAUUUAAGCCAAUUCUUAUGUAAUUUAGAUUAGACCUACUUCAAUCCAGGUCAUUGACUAUAUGCAAUCAAAACCAGUAUUUUUAGGUUGUGCUUCCCAUGUAAAUGUCUCUACCUCUUAUAUACUUCUUGUUUUGCACUGCCAUUUUACUGA